AUGAGGACUGAAGGGCUUGGUGGGAUGAUCAUAUCUCAGCCAAGUUUGCUCAGACGGUCGAGUAAGCCUUACGGGGUGCUUUGGCUAACUGGAACUCCUUCUCUCCUGAAAAGAGCAAGGCAAGAAGUUCCACGACCGAGAGCUCGGUCCUUAUGCCAUGACCCGCAGCUGCCGUUCAAUGUCGGCCACCAGCGCCACAGCCUCCGGCGCCGUCAUUCGCCUGGCCUACACACUCGGUGGCUUCACCGCCACUGA